AUGCUAUUCAACCGCCCCUCCAAUGAGAAGGGCGCCGCCUGGCCAGCCAUCAUGGUCGGCCUGUUCGCCUCGUUCGGUGGUAUCCUCUAUGGCUACGACACCGGGACCAUCUCAGGCAUCCAGACGAUGCCCUACUGGCUUGAGGAAUUCGACAACCCGAACGAAGGCCGCAUCGCCCUCAUCGUUUCCAUCUUGUCGGUUGGCACCUUCGUUGGUGCUCUCGCAGCUGGUAUCAUGGCAGACAUUACUGGUCGACGAUGGGGAAUCAUCCUGUCGGUCAUGCUGCCUUUCAAUCUUGGUGUCGCCCUCCAAACUGCCGCUACAGCACAGCCUCUGUUCAUUGCUGGUCGCUUCUUCGCCGGUCUGGGGGUUGGCCUCGUCUCUGCUCAAGUCCCCAUGUACCAGUCCGAGACGUUGCCCAAGUGGAUCAGAGGUGCUGUUGUUGGAUGCUACCAGCUUUGCAUCACAAUCGGCCUGUUCCUGGCUGCCAUUGUCAACUGGGCGACGCAGAACAGACCUGACACCGGAAGCUACCGUAUCCCGCUUGCCAUCCAGUUCGCAUGGGCCAUCAUUCUGGCUGGCGGCCUCUAUUUCCUCCCUGAGACUCCUCGCUUCCUUAUCAAAAAGGGCAACGACACCCAGGCUCUGAAAUCUCUUGUAUUCCUCCGCCGCUUGGGUCCUGAAGAUCCAGACCUCCUCGCCGAGAUGGAAGAGCUGAAGAACAACUGGGAGUAUGAAAAGUCCAUCGGCUCUGCAUCUUACCUCGAAUGCUUCAAGGGAUCCGCUGGUAAACGCACCAUCACCGGAAUUAUCCUGCAGUCUCUGCAACAGCUGGUCGGUAUCAAUUUCAUUAUUUACUACGGAACUUCGUUCUUCGCGGACAAUGUCGAAGGCCUGCCCGACUCCUUCAUCCUGCAGGUCAUCGUCAACUCCGUCAACGUCGUCAUGACUCUUCCUGGUCUCUGGGCAAUCGACCGCUUCGGACGACGUCCUGUUCUACUGACUGGGGCAGUCGGUAUGGGUGUCUCUCAAUACAUUGUCUCCGCCUGUGGUGCCGCAACUCCGAUCUCGAAUUUCAGCUCCCAGUGCGCCCAGUUCGCCUUUAUCUGCAUCUAUGUCUCUUUCUUCGCAUCCACCUUCGGUCCCUGCGCUUGGGUUGUCACUGGAGAGAUCUUCUCCCUUCAAACCCGUGCCAAAGGUCUGUCCAUGACCACCGCAGCAAACUGGUUCUUCAACUGGCUGCUAUCCUACAUUACACCGUACCUCACUGGCGCACUCAACCCAACCCAGUCCAACGUGUUCUGGAUCUGGGGUAGCUUCUGCUGGAUCGCGUUCGUGUUCUCGUUCACCAUGAUCUACGAGACUAAGGGCUUGUCCCUUGAGCAGGUCAAUGAGCUGUAUGAGAAUGUUUCCAAGGCGUGGAAGAGCCCUAGUUACCGAUCUGAACUCCGCUCGAUGUCUGUUUCUGAGGCUCACCGCAAGGACUCGAUUAAUGAGGAGUCCAAGCCUACUGAUAUGGGCUUUGAGGACGCUAGCAAGGUCUGA